AUGCGCGAUUUGUACGUGAAAUCGGGACAAGGCUUCGUUCUCAUUUACUCGGUCGAGGAUCCUCAUUCUCUUCGCGAUCUUUUGCCCAUUUAUCGCCUCAUCACGCAUUUGAAACAAGGACAAACGGUUCCAAUGGUGAUCGUGGGUAACAAGAGUGAUCUACACACACAAAGAGCCAUUCCCACUGAUCACGGGAAAAAUUUAGCUAGAGAGUGGGGUUGCUCAUUCUACGAGGCGAGUGCUAAGCUCAAUCACAAUGUCCAAGAGAUUUUCACGGAUGUUUGUCGACAAAUCGAACGAUGGCGGUUGAGUCAAGGGCCAGUUGUGAAGAAAAGAACCCUCCGAAUCCCCGGGUCACGACCCGACAGUGACAAGAAACGAUAUGGGAAAAACCGUUACACAUCACAAGCAGAGAAGUCCACGCCUUGUUGCUCAGUGAUG